AUGGCCAAACGUCCUUUCAAGAAUUCAGAGGCAGGGGAAUCAUCAAAGAAGAAGAAGAAGAAGACUACCAAUGUUGAAGAAAAGCAUGGAAAAGAGGAAGAUGAGAAGAAAAAACAGGUUCUGUUUCAGAGAAUCUUCACUGAAGAAGACCAUAUAGCCUUGCUCCAAGGCAUUCUUGAUUUCACCUCUGAGAAAGGAGAAGACCCUUUCAAGGAAAAGGCUGAGUUUUACAAUUUCGUAAAGAAGUCUAUCAGUUUUGAUGCUAGUAAAAGCCAGAUUGAAGAAAAAGUUCGAAAGAUGAAGACAAAGUUCGAAAAAGCUGUGGAAAGGUCUUGUGCAAGAGGAAAAGGAGGAGAGAAAGAGAUUGUGUAUUCCAAAGCUUCUGAUCAGAAAGCUUUCGACUUGUGGAGACAGAUCUGGGGAAAGGAAGGCGUUUGGGCUUCCAAAUCAAAGAAGAAGCUUGGAGGAAAACAAGAAGCAGCAAAAUCAGCAAGCACUUCUGAUGGAGAGAUGAUAGUAGCUUUCUUGAAGGCAGAGAAUGUCACAACCUUUGCGUUAGAUGAAGCUACCAUGCUUGAAGCAUGGAAUAUGAUACGUAAUGGACCAUGGAAGAGAAAGAUGGUGGAAAAACUUAAAAAGCUCAAGGCAAUGCAUUCACAGUUGUGUUUGGAGAGGGUUCAAUGUGUGGAUGGCAUCAUUCAUAAGAUGUUCAAAGAAGACAGUUCCUCCUCUAAUGGAAAUGCUGAAACAUUGUCACAAAACGAAAAAGAGGCUGAGAGUGAGAAAGAGACAGAUGAUGGAAGCAAGAAUGGAGAAGUCUCUAAAGCUAUUGAUCAAGAAGACAAAGAUGUUUCAGUUGAACAACUUGAGACUGAUGAGGGAAAGCUAGUGGAAGUUUCUGCAGAUGAGCUGAAAGAAGGGGAUCAGGACUUAGAGAUGCAAGAGAAUGAAGUUGAUGUUGUCUCAGAUGAUACAACAAACAUCGAAAAGGACAAUGAAGCUGCUGUGAUAGAGAACAGAGAAGAAAGCAGAGCAAACCCAUCAGUCGCAAGGAAGAAACUCCUUGUUCUUGAUCUGAAUGGGUUGCUUGCAGAGAUUGUUUCUCCUCGUGCAGGCCAAAAACCAGACAUUAGUAUUGGACGAAGGGGAAUUUUUAAGAGACCAUUUCUUGAAGAGUUUCUCAACUUCUGCUUCGAGAAUUUUGAAGUUGCUGUAUGGUCCUCUAGAAACCCGAACAAUGUUGAAAGAAUCAGUGAGUUCUUGCUCGGAGAUUUGAAGAGUAAGCUGCUGUUUUGUUGGGACAUGUCUCAUUGUGCUAGAACGAAUUCUGGUUGCCUUGAAAACCAGAACAAAGUUAUUGUGUUCAAGGAACUCAGCAUAAUCUGGAAGAGAUAUGGUGAUUUUGAUGAAACCAAUACGGUUUUGCUUGAUGAUUCACCGUACAAGGCUUUGCUAAAUCCACCAUAUACAUCAAUAUUCCCACAUUCAUACACUCACCAGAACAAGACUACAGACAAAUCAUUAGGUAUUGGUGGUGAGCUUAGAGCUUAUUUGGAGAAGAUGGUGCAGUCUGCAAAUGUCCAAGAGUUCAUUAUGAAGAACCCUUUUGGACAAGAGGCGAUUAGUGAGGCAAGUGAAGACUGGAUGUUCUACAAAGGAGCCAUUUCUGAGUACAAGAAUGCAUUUUAA